AUGACCUUCGAUACAACCGUCCCUCCUAAGAUGAAUUGUAUUACGGCGGAUGUAGUAAUUAUUGGGGCUGGCCUCAGUGGCCUCCAGGCAGCUGUGAAUAUACAGACAGCUGGUUUUACAUGCUUAGUUCUAGAGGCUACCGACAGGGUUGGUGGCAAGACAUUAAGCAUCAAGUCCAGCUCCAAACAAGCCGGUAUAAAUGAUGCCGGAGCUACGUGGGUGAAUGAUAGUAACCAGUCCGAAAUAUGGAAACUAUUUGAGAAGUAUAAUGCUGGCGCGGUUAUCCAAAGAGCUACCGGCACGAGCUUUCAACAAGCCGAGGAUGGCAGUACGAUCUCACGCCCUUAUCAUAAGGAAUCAUCAGGUAGAGAUGAUGCUCGAGCUAAUGAAAUGCGUCGUAUAUACGGAGCAAUUCAUGAAGCCGUUGAGACGUCGGAUCUCGAGCAUCCUGAGAUUAGUGCCAGUGCUCAAAGGCUUGAUACCAUGACAUUCGCCGAGUUCUGUCAGGAAGCUGGUCCUAAUAUAGGCACUGGAAUUGCUUCAGUAGCUACUGCUGCUCUACUUGGUGUUGAGGCCCACGAGGUCAGCGCUUUAUUUAUGGUUAACUAUAUCAAGAGUGGAUAUGGUAUACGGGUAAUUACAUCAGAUGAGAAAGAUGGGGCGCAGUACAUCAGAGCCCGACGCGGUAUGCAAGCUAUAUCAGAAGGCCUUGCCAGUGAAUUGUCCCAAGGCUCUCUUCACUUGAGUACAGCGGUAAAGUCCAUCCAGGAAAAAGAUGAUGGGCUUUAUGAGAUCCAUUCCACUGUGCCCAAGAUUUUCAAAGCCAAGCGUAUAGUGGUGUCUGUACCAACCAGCUUAUAUCAUACCAUCCAAUUUACGCCGCCGCUGCCGGAGAAUAAGCAAAAGCUAGGUCAGAGCACCGCCCUCGGACACUUCAGCAAAGUUGCGUUAGUCUUUGAGGAACCAUGGUGGCAUACAGCAGGUCUAUCAGGUGUGAUGACCUCUUAUAAAGGGCCUGUAUCCUUCACCCGAGAUACCAGCGUACCAGAAGACGAUCAAUGGUCAAUAACCUGCUUUAUCGUAGGCGACACGGGACGCGCUUGGAAUAAAUACCCGGAGGCAGAGCGCCGAAAUGCAGUCCUUGAGCAGUUUAACUCUGUCUUUUCCACAGCGACAGUUGUCCCCAAGCCUAUUGCUGUUCACGAGCGGAUCUGGUCUGAGGAGCCGUACUUUCUUGGUGCUCCAUCUCCCGUAAUGGGCCCCGGGGUGCUAACAUCACUUGGCUCGGACGUACUGCGGGCGCCCGUCGGAAAUAUCCACUUCGUCGGUACAGAGACUUCUAUAGUAUGGAAAGGAUACAUGGAUGGUGCUAUUCGUUCAGGACAGAGAGGAGCAGAGGAAGUUAUCACGAGCCUGAGAGGAUAA